GUCACUCAGAUCUUCUUUUAGCAGAUGUUACCUGAACGCACCAUGACGCAUCUACGUGUAGUUUUAAUCAUCGAUGUCAUCGCUGAUCGGCUUUUGCUGUAAAAUCACACCUACUGUGCUCACAACCAGACAUUUCUUUCCUUCCAAACGCUGGAAAUCUGCCCUCACCUGCUUCUGCGGCCGCCGGACGACACAGCUGGACUCUGAGUUUGUGCAGGAAGUCGAGCGGUGAGAGAACAAACAUGGACCUGAGCGACAUGAGGAAGAAGUACAAAGGAGAUGAGGAGUGUUUUGAGGAGAGUCAACUGGUGUCUCUGGACCCCAUCAAGCAGUUUGGAAACUGGUUCGAUGAAGCCACGAAGUGUCCCGAGGUCGGAGAGGCCAACGCCAUGUGCAUCGCCACCGCCACCAAGGAGGGACGUCCAUCUGCCCGGAUGGUUCUCCUGAAAGGUUACAGCAACGAAGGGUUCCGGUUCUUCACAAACUAUGAGAGCAGGAAAGGUUCAGAGCUGGAGACAAAUCCUCACGCCUGCCUGGUUUUCUACUGGGAGCCUCUGAACAGACAGAUCCGUAUUGAGGGCAGCGUAGAACGGAUCCCCUACCAGAGCUCCUGUGAUUACUUCCACUCCAGACCAAAGAGCAGCCAGAUCGGAGCCGUCGUGAGCCGACAGAGCACCCCGGUUCCCAACAGAGACUAUCUGAGGCAGAAAAACUCUGAGCUCGAGGAGAAGUACAAGGACACGGAGGUACCGAUGCCCGACUACUGGGGCGGCUACAUCGUGAAGCCUUCUCUGAUCGAGUUCUGGCAGGGUCAGACCAACAGACUCCACGAUCGCAUCGUCUUCACCAAACUGAAGGACGGAGAGUCGGAGCUGGGAGAGUUUGAGCACUCAGCAGAGGGAGGCUGGGUUUACCAGCGGCUGUCUCCAUGAAAACUGCCUCAACGGACUGUCACAGGAAGGGGAAAAAAAGGACUGAAACCUCCUCCAGAAUAUGAAAAAAAAACUUGAGAUAACUACUAUUCAAUGCUUGUUAACUAGGUGCUGCUGUUUAGGAUUUAUCUGUCUUUUAACCGUGUGUGUGUUGGUGGAAACUGACUAAACUGUGCAACUUUUUCAUAAAACUAAAGUUCACUGACCGACACGGCAGAACAAACUCCAGCCGCUCUGUUCUGUUUCAUAAUGAUUGACAGCUGGUUGUUUUAAGGUGUCGUCACUGACCUCUAGGACAUAAAAACUGUGUCUUACUUCUUCAAUAGCACAACCUGCUCCACUUGUUAGGCGCAGGGUUGCAGUUGUUCUCUCCAGAUGUGACUUAAUGCAGUUUAUUUUCAGUAUUUUACAGCUUCCACUGAGCUUUUCUACAUUUAAAACAUGUCAUUUUGUACUAAUUAUGCAAAAAAUGAAGGCAGUUGCUUGAGUUUCUUUAUUUCCAGGAAGAAAGAAAAGCUCAAUUGAAACAAAAACAACUUAUUAGCUGCACCUGAACAGUUAAAUGCAGUUUAAAAUGAUGCUAGAAGGUUUAUUAUCGUGAAAUGUUUGGUUUUUGUUGCCACAGUCACAGAGAUUUAAAGUCAAUAAUGUGUUUAAAUAACACCGAGGACUCAGUAAAUGGUGGUUAUGUAAUGCACCACUGUUAAUAUAACCUGAGGUGUGCAAAUAGAUGGAAAAAAGAGAAAUAUGUGCCAAUUUUAUGUCUAUCUUUGGCUGUAAGGGAACUUACAGGUUUCCAGCAAGUACUGAACAUAGUAAAGAUUAUAAAAGUAGAAUAAAUGGCAUCAAACUGCUCAGGUGCACCUGUUACAUCCUUGAUUCUUCACUCUGGGAAACUAUGUUUUCCAUUUCUGUUAAAUUUUAUUCAAAUGUUUGUAUGUUUAGAUGUCUAAAUGUGCAAAUAAUUUGAAUUAAUUCACCUUAAACAACUGAACACUGCCUCCUUUUUUUCUGUUAAUUAGUACUAAAUGUUAUUAUAGUUUCCAAAAAUCUUCUACAGAAAUGGGAAAUGAAAGGAAAAUAAUUGAUAUUGCACUGACAGUUAACCGUAGGGUCUUAAAUCUAACUGCCUUUUAACACUGAGAUUAAAAGAGCUGGUGAUAAUCGUGCCAACUGGUGUACUGUCUGAGUGUGAUUGUGGUUCAUUUUUGUCUUGAAUUGUCUGAGAGAGAACCUGUAAUAAAGUUUAAUUUGUACCUGA